AAUCCCUUUUCUUCACAUCUACAAUAUUUCUAUUUCCAUCAUGUUGGCUGUUUCCUCUCCUUUGUUUUCUCCUCAUCAAUGGCCUUUGGAAGAUCCCAUCUCUCUCAAUCACCAUCACAACUCUCUCUUCCCUCCCAUUGAAGCUUCUGAUUCCUUUCACCUUCAUCAAUUCGCUCCGCCACCGCCGUUGCAACCACCGCCCUUCGAGCUCGACCACUAUCCCUCUUCCACUACUCCGUCGCCAGGAGGCAGCGCCACGGUCUCGAAGAUGGCUAAGAAGCUUAGCCAUAAUGCAAGCGAGCGGGAUCGUCGAAAGAAGAUCAACUCUCUCUACUCCUCUUUGCGCGCCCUCCUUCCCUCCGCUGAUCAAAUGAAGAAGCUGAGUAACCCGGCGACAAUUUCGAGGAUAUUGAGCUACAUACCGGAGCUACAACAGCAAGUCGAGGGGCUGAUGAGGAAGAAAGAAGAGCUUAUGGGAGCCAUGACUGGACAGGAAGUUGAGGGUGGUGAAGAGAGGAAAGCAAAGAAAUGCGCAGCUUCGAGCUCCUCAUCGGUCAUUUCGGCAAGUCGGGUCAGUCAACAGGAAAUGGCGGUUCAAAUAUCGACCGAUAUUAACGACGGUCACCGGAAUUCCUUGUCGGAGAUCUUGGUUUGGUUGGAGGAAGAAGGUCUUUCUUUGUUGAAUGCUUCUUCUUUUGAGACUUUUGAUGGGAAGGUUUUCCAUAAUUUGCAUGUUCAGAUGGAAAGCAGCUGCAGAAUGGAGCCUGAAAUGCUGAGCAAUAAGCUCUUGGGGAUGUUCCCAUGAGAGAGAGGGGGUGAAUUAACAUCCACCACAAAAUUAAUUAAUAUUAAUAAUGAUGAUAUUAUUAAAAAUGUUAAGGGAUGAAAAUUAAAAAUUUGAAAAUAUUAGCCAGGUGGCAUGUUUUGAUAGGAUCUCAGUUUAUUAACCAUAUCAAUCAAUGUGUAUUUUACUAA